AUGGAAAUUAAUUCGAUAUUCCAAAUAUUACCUACGGAAAUUCGUCAAGAAAUUUUCAAGAAACUGAACAGAGGAUCUUUGUUCAAUUCUCUAUUGGUUAAUCGGCAAUUUUGUCUAGAGAUUGUGCCAAUUCUUUGGGAAUCACCCCUUGAACUUGCAUACCGCUAUAGAAAACAUGAAAUUUUUGCAAAACUUACAAGGGAAUAUGAAAUUAUUGUAAGCGUUUAUGUUGGAUGUUUCUCAGAAGCAGCAUGGGAGUAUCUAGGAUCCAACCAAGUUAAUCGACCGUACGCUAUGUGGCAACCUACGUUUAAAUAUGCUUCAUUCUCACGUCAUUAUGAAAUAACACGUGUAAACGACGCAGUAGAUGCAUGGAUAACUCAAAACUUAUAUUAUCCGACUGACAAGCAUUUGAGCAUACGCAAAGCAUUGACAGUUUCCUUAUCCAGACUUUUAUUGAAUGAAUCGACUUCUUUACAUUCUUUAACUAAUGACUUUCAGUAUGACCAAGAAAUUUGGGGUGUAAUCACAAAAGAAUGCUCAAUCGAAAAAAUAUUUGGAAACCUCAAGGAACUGAACGUCGCCCACUUUUCAUUGGGAAAUAAUAGUCGAAUGUUCUUUGAGAACCUGGCCAAUACUUGCCAUUCGAUCCAAAGAAUCACAUUUACGGGCCAUGGAUUAAAUAUUGAAGAAAAAAUUACGACCAAAGCAUUGCGGCACAUGAUGAAAGCACAAAGCGAAUUACAAUGGAUCCGGUUACGUCAUUUAUCUAGUAUUGAAAGUAGAAUUAUUUGUAACACUCUUUCAUCAAAAAACUUACAAGCUAUUGAAUUCAUCAGAAUUGAUUUUAAUUGUUUUAGUGCUGAUAACGAAAUUCCAGGAUUGAGCGCAUGUGUUAAUCUGAUCUGUUUAAGUUUUCGGUAUUGCACAGCGUUAGAACAACCAUGUUGGUUUGAAACGGCUAAAUCUUUUAAAAAAUUGGAAAGGCUUUCAAUUCGACUACCAAGUCAUAUGGAACCACCAACUGAUCUAGUAGCGGAAAUCGUCAAAGCUAGUGGCAAUAAUCUACAAUACUUGCUAGUAGAAAAUCAUAAUCAUUCUAGUCAUGCUACUUAUAUUAACAAGAUAUUUCCGUUAAUUAUUCUUAAUUCUCGCAAUCUCCGAGCAAUCAAUUUGUUAAAUCUUGGUGUAAAUAAUUUGUCCACCUUGAUGGAAUCAUGUCCAAAACUUUAUCAUCUGGAUUUGUAUACCGAACAUUUGGACGAUGCAUUUUUUAAUACACUAGCAAGAGAGCUUCGACCCACAAUCAAAUCUCUUAAAUUAAUCCUCCCAGGUCGGAGGAUACGAGCAUCGGCGGAGCCAUUUAUUCGCUUCCUGUAUGGUGCUCACAACCUAGAGUACUUUUCCUUUCAUCCCUUUAAUUUAUAUGAAUCAUACGGAACGUUGAUCAAGAAUCAUGGUAUUAAAUCAGAGUGUAGUAUGUAG